AUGCCUAACACUUUUGAAACACAGCUUUUUUUUUCGAGACCCUUUCUGUCUAAAAGGCAAAUUCAAAGAGCUCAAAAGAACACAAUAUCGGACUAUCGAAAUUACAACCAGAAGAAACUAGCUGUGUUCAAGUUUCUAAGUGAUUUGUGCGUUCAGUUGAAAUUUCCGCGGAAGACUUUAGAGACUGCAGUAUAUUUUUAUCAGAGAUAUCACCUUUUCAAUCGCUUCGAAACUGAGGUUUGCUACACUGUAGCGACAAGCUGCCUAACUUUGGGUUGCAAAGAAGUUGAGACAAUUAAAAAAACUAACGAUAUAUGUACUUUAUCCUUACGAUUAAGGAAUGUGGUCAAAAUUAAUACGGAGAUUUUGGAAAAUUUCAAAAAAAGGGUAUUUCAAAUAGAACUUCGAAUACUAGAGUCGUGCUCAUUCGAUUAUAGAGUUAACAAUCACGUUCAUAUUGAUGAAUAUGUUAUAAAAAUUGGUAGGGAACUAUCUUUUGACUAUAAGCUAUGCAAUCUGGCUUGGAUAAUUGCUUAUGAUGCUCUGAAACUAGAAACCAUCUUAGUCAUACCCCAACAUUCCAUAGCAUUGGCAAUUUUGAAAAUAGCGUAUGAAUUACUAGAUAACAAGAACUGGUCAAGUAAAAGAUAUUCGUUAUUUGAAACAGAUGAAAAAUCCGUAAAUGAAGCUUAUUUUGAUAUAGUGAAUUUUUAUAUCAAUUCAUUCGACAUGUGUGAUUUACAACGUCAUUUACCGGCGGGUAUACUGCCGGUUGGUGUUGAAAGGUUUAUGGAACUGAAAAAAAAUGCAGGACCAGAAUCCGGCUUACCGCAAAUAGCUGACCACCUGUUGAAUGCCGAUUCUUUUCUCACUAUUACUAGGGAUAAUAAUGUUCAAGAAAGAAGAUACGUGCUUUCAUUGGACCUACUUAAUGGCGAGUCCAGCAUAGUCAACUCUACCAAACACGCAUAG